GGGAUUGUUCAGGACACCGAUCUUGAGUGACCUGGGCCCUGCUCCUUAAGUGGGGAUGGAGGGAGGCGCGCGGGGCGCAUGCCCCAGACACGCCCUAUGGAAAUCGCUCCAGGGAUCGGUCUUUGAACUUAGUCGCUCAGCGCCGCUGGCCAGGUCUGAGCGACAGGUCCCAUUUCCCUGCCGGAAAGGGGUCGCGCUGGGCUCCCCCUGAGGUCUCCGCCUGUGUCCCGGGAUGCUCCAGCGGGUCCCUUUGCCGCGCGGGUGACUCCAGCGCCAAGCACCUCGCCGCUGCCUGCCCACCUCUCCUUCCUCCCUCGCCGCCCGGACACCCCGGGUCGCUCUGUCCCCGCCGCGCUCGUCGCCCCCGCACGCCUAGGCGCAGCCCCCCCCCCCAACGCCCCGUCACCCUCGGACUCCCGGUGCACGGCAGUCGGGGUUCCCGCUGCGCCUGCCUAGUCCCGGAGAGCCGCGUCCUCCCGGGUCCCGGGGCCAUGCGUCCCCGCGCUGUCCCCCGCCGCCCCGCGGGUGCCACCGUGGCGCUGGGGCUCGGCAGCCUCCUGCUGCUGCUCGGGCCGGGAUGCGCGUGCCCCGUUGGCUGCACCUGCACGGACCCUCACACUGUGGACUGCAGCGAUCGCGGGCUGCCCAGCGUACCGGAUCCCUUCCCCCUGGACGUACGCAAGCUGCUGGUGGCCAGCAACCGCAUCCAGCAGAUCCCCGAGGACUUCUUCAUCUUCCACGGCGACCUGGUCUAUCUGGACUUCAGGAACAACUCGCUGCGCUCGCUGGAGGAGGGCACGUUCAGCGGCUCUGCCAAGCUCGCCUUCCUUGACCUUAGCUACAACAAUCUCACCCAGCUGGGCGCAGGCACCUUCCGCUCCGCUGGGAGGCUGGUCAAGCUGAGCCUGGCCAACAACCGUCUGGCUGGCGUGCACGAGGCUGCCUUCGAGAGCCUGGAGUCCUUGCAGGUGCUGGAACUGAACAACAACAACUUGCGCAGCCUCAGCGUGGCCGCCCUGGAGACGCUGCCCGCUUUGCGCACGGUGCGCCUGGACGGGAACCCUUGGCUCUGCGACUGCGACUUCGCCCACCUCUUCUCUUGGAUCCAGGAGAACCCGUCCAAGCUGCCCAAAGGCCUUGAUGCCAUCCAGUGCUCACUGCCCAUGGAGAACCGGAGGGUGGCUCUGCGUGAGCUGUCAGAGGCCAGCUUCAGUGAGUGCAAGUUCAGUCUGUCCCUCACAGACCUGUUCAUCAUCAUCUUCUCGGGUGUGGCCGUGUCCAUCGCCGCCAUCAUCUCCAGCUUCUUCCUGGCCACCGUGGUCCAGUGCUUCCAGAGGUGCGCCCCCAACAAGGACACGGAGGAUGAGGACGAGGACGAGGAUGACUGAGCCAUCUUCGCCCACUCCUUGCUUUCCCACACCCAGCCAGUGGCGCCUCUCCUAGGGAGACGGACGGAUGCUGAAGACAGAAGCAUCGCAUCGCCCCAGGCAGUAAACAGGACGGAGCUUUCCUAGAUGCACCUGCUGGGACUGCGGAUCCCAGAGUAUAGAAUCAGCAGAGACGCAGGAAGAGUGAAGCCAUCCCUGAGCAGAGCCCCUCUUCCAGGCUGCGUGCCCGCGUGUGUGAGGAUGACCGAGUCAGGCUUCAUGGCUUACAGCUUCACAACUGUCCCCAGGCGAUGUGAGGACGUACAACUUCUGACCUCAGAGUUGUUCAUGACAUUCUUAUUCGGACGAGCUGCAUCAGAGACCAUGAAUCAUCCUCCUAAAAGGCAGCAGUUCUCUCAGUGGGGUUUUAAGUUCAGAUCAUUGUCUACAGGAGCAGGAAUUCUCCUUAUAUAGUAGGUCCCAGCAGCCUUGGGAUGCUAGACUGAGAACAAAUAAAUGUACGUGUAAUAGAUGAUGUUUGUGUUUUCCCAGAGCUUAUAUGUUGAAUCCAGUUCCCAAGGAGGCAGGUGUUUGAAGCAGGGCCUUUGGAUGUGACUUGGUCAUGAGGCUUGAGUCCUCCUAAAUGGAAUUAGCACCCUGUAAUAGAGACUGCAGAGACCUCCUUUGCUCCUUCUACCGAGUGAGGACCAGCAAGAGGAUGGCCAUGUAUGAAGCAGGAUGUGAGCUCUUACUGGAAGCCAGCUGGACCUCUAGAACUA